CAUAUGGAGGUUCCCAGGCUAGGGGUCGAAUUAGAGCUACAGCUGCCGGCCUAUGCCACAGCCACAGCAAUGCCAGAUCCGAGCCACAUCUGCGACCUACACCACAGCUCAUGGCAACGCCGGAUCUUUAACUCACUGGGCGAGGCCAGGGAUCGAACCUACGACCUCAUCGUUCCUAGUCGGAUUCGUUUCCGCUGUGCCACGAUGGGAACUCCUGGGCAUUUUUCUAAAUGGUUACACAAAAUAUGUCCUUCUGGGUCUGGCUUUGUUCCCGGAGCAUCGUGGGUGCCAGGCUGCCACCUGGCAGCCUGUGUCCGAGCCUCACUCAUUUUCAUGGCUGAGUCACAGUCCACCUUGUGCAUGGACCCCAUGCUGUGUUUCCACCCAUGAGUUCCUGGACAUUUGAGUGGUUUCCGUCUGCUUUGCUGCUGUGAAUAGUGCCGCUGUAUCCAAAGGCGUGUUGGAGCGCCCGCGUUAGGGGGUGUCUGCUGUCGGCCAGCAGCGUUUGGGGGCGGAACCCAAUCUGUUUGUUUCCCCAUCCGCGGGCCCAGUGUCCCACCGGCCGUGACCUGAAUCCAGUCACUGCAGCGGUCUGAUCAUUCGCAGAGGACAGAGGCCCCGGGGUCUCAGGCGCGGCCCCGAUGCUCCUAAGGCUGGGCUGGGGGGCGGGGGGCGGGGGACACCACACACCUGACCGUGGGAGUGACCACGCGCUGUGUGUGCUGCCACAUUCACGCCCCUCUGACCCUGUGAACAGGACCUUAUUUGGAAGCAGGGUCUUUGCAGAUGUGCGGAAGUGAAGGACCUGAUGUGACGGCUCCUGGAUCCUGUCAAGUGAAGAAGCAGAUUCAAAUGGCAUAGUUUGAUUCUGUUGUUUGUUUAAAAUAUAUAUAUAUAUGUACACACACACACAUAUAUAUAUAAAUGAAUGGUCUCCACAUAUAAAUGGACCCAGAUGUAUAACAUAUAUGCGAUAUAUAAAAAUAUACAUAGAAAUAUGUGUAUGUCAAUAGGAGGACAUAUUUUAUUUUUUGCUUACCUGUGUAUUCUCAUUGUUCUGCAACCAACGUGUGUUCCUGGGAGUGUGUUUCCUGUUCCCGUCUUUGCCUCCAUCUUCCCGUGGCUUCUGCUCUGUGUCUGGGUCUCCUCUCUGUCUCUUAGGAGGACCCUGUCCUUGGAGGGAGGGGCCCCCUCAUCCCGGAGGACCUCCUCUCAGACCCUUCCCUUCCUCACACCUGCAAAGACCCCAUUUCUAGACAUGGUCCCAUUCCCACGUCCUGGUGGAUGAGAGUUCGGGGGCCACGGAGUGCCCCCAGGGCUGCGCGUGUGUUUCCUGUGUGUGGCGCGGGGCCCAGAGCAGGAGGAAGGAGUAAUGAGAUGUCCCUCGGGUGUCGCCCAGGGAGCCAUGACACGAUGACCUACUGCUUGAACAAGAAAUCGCCCAUUUCCCACAACGAGUCGCGGCUGCUGCAGCUUCUGGCCAAGAUCCUGCCCUGCGUCACCCUCCCCGUGGUGCUCCGGUGGUCCAUCACCCAGGUGCUGGACGUCACGGAGCAGCUGGACGCGGGGGUGCGGUACCUGGACCUGCGGAUCGCGCACAUGUUGGAGGGCGCCCAGAGGAACCUGCACUUCGUCCACAUGCUGUACACCACCGCGCUGGUGGAGGACACGCUCACGGAGAUCUCCGGGUGGCUGGAAAACCACCCCCGGGAGGUGGUGGUCCUGGCCUGCAGGGACUUCGAGGGGAUGACCGAGGACCUGCACGAGUACCUGGUCGCCUGCAUCAAGAACAUCUUUGGGGACAUGCUGUGCCCCCGAGGGGAGAUGCCGACGCUGCGCCAGCUGUGGUCGCGGGGCCAGCAGGUGAUCCUGUCCUACGAGGACGAGGCGUCCGUGAGCCGGCAUGCGGAGCUGUGGCCGGGGAUCCCCUACUGGUGGGGGAACAAGGUGAAACCCCAGGACCUCGUCUGCUACCUGGAACGCAUGAAGAGCUGCGGGCGCCCAGGUGGGCUGUUUGUGGCCGGCAUCAACCUGACAGAGAACCUGGAGUACGUCCUGGGGCACCUGGCUGGGUCCCUGGAGAGGAUGACGCUGCCCAGCCUGCCCUACCUAGACGCGUGGGUGCGGGCCCAGUGCCCAGGGUCGGGCGUCCGCUGCACCAACAUCAUCGCGGGCGACUUCAUCGGGGCAGACACGUUCGUCAGCGACGUCAUAAGACUCAACGAGAAGCUGUUUCGGGGCUGAGGGUGCUCCUGGCAAACCCGGCCUCCAGGCACCACCAAGGCUGCUCCUCCAUCCUGUGGGAUGGCCGCCAGCCACCUGGGUGAGCAGAGCGGUGGGGCCCCUGGCCUCCCCUCUGAGGCGGUGCCCCUCAGCGCACCCAGCCCGGGAGGUCCCCGGUGGGUCUAGGGAGGUAUCCACAUGUAGGGGGAGAUUAAAGGUGGUGGUUUGCGCCUUCCUCAAGGAGAAUUACCUGGAUCGUGGGUCUGUGUGGGCUCGGCCCAGCUCUGCUGUGGUUGCCGAUGGGACAGGCUCAGGGCUGUUCCCUCCCGGGGGUGGGGUGGGCGCGGGAGUGGGGGCAGCAGAGGGUGUCCCCCCCGCUCAGGGUCUGUAAUGUCAUGUCCAUAGGACAGGACUGAGCGUGUUGGAAUCCUAUCAAGAGAACUAUUUUAUUAACUCAUGGGGGACCACCUGUUUCUCAUUCUAAAAGGGAACCAGCACCUGCUCCCUUUUCCCAGGAUUCCUAGGGGUCGGCUGGUAUUCCCUGGCUGUUGCAGGAAUGAAGGGUCUGUUUGGGGGGUUGUUACAGAGAUACGUGUAAGCGAUGUUGCACACGUGCCCCCCCAUCCCCAGACCCCCACUGUAACCUUGUCUUUACACAGGACGUAAAUGUGAGGACACAGGUGUAGGGACACGGGUGCGGGCAGAAAGAGGCAGGUGUAAGGACAGACGUGUACGUGAUAUGAUGCAGGUGUAAGCGGGAUGACUCAGGUGUAAGGACACAGGUCUCAGCACAGUGGUGCAGGUGUGCGGACGCGGGUGAAACGAUGUGACGUCCGUGCCUGUGCAGGUGCAGGCACACGGCCCUCGCAGCCUCGUCCUCCUCACGGCUGUCUCUUGUGUGUGCUCACAUCGCCUCCCCCAGCUCCCCAGCCCAGGUGUGCGGCUGCCCUGCACCCUCAGGUAUCGAACCUGAGGUGACGUGUUUUUCUCUGCAUUUGGCCUCUUUGCUGCAGCUGGAUCCACACCUGUAGCUCUUCCUGUUCUCCCAAAGCCCUAGGCGGUGUUUCUCUGUUUCCCAACUUGCCCCGUGUUCUGCCGUUCCGUUCACUCUGUUCACUGUCUGUUCACUUUGUGUUUUCUUAUUUUCUGUGUUCUUGAUGCUCUCGUUUGGGGGCCUUGUAGACCCAGGGGGGCUGCCCCCAGGGUGCUCGCUGACCCUGAGGAUAAAUCCACCAACUUGGGGGUCCUCUGGCCCAUGGGCACCCACUACCCUGCUGUCCAGGGCUCACACACCAGGCUGGUUCACCGCCCCCGCCCCCAACACCCAGUGCCAGGUCCAGAAGCCCAGUGGCCGUCUCGGCAGCCCAGAGCCCCAGAACCAAUCAGAGGGUCCAGUGCUGCGUGGCCCACCCUGCCCCUGCUGUGCACAGUCCAUGGCCUCGGGCAUCGUCCUCCCGCCCCACACAGGCUCCCCGGUGGCCCUGCACGGCGGCCUGGCUCCUGGGCACGGGAACAUACUGCUGUGCAGCUUUCUGCUGCUCUGGGUUGGCUCAGGCACCUCCGUAAGUUAAAACCCCGUGGAACAAUGAGACCUGGUGUUGACUCCGGUCCUGAGGGAGGCUGGCCAUCGUCCACGAGGCCUCUGCUCUCUUCCCGCAAUGAGCAGGAGUUUCCCAAACUCAGAGGUUGUGAAAGCAUAUUCUUUUGCCUGCGCCUCAGCCAAAGGAGAGACCCCAACUGGGCUUUUAAUGGAAUGUCCGGCUUUAGAGAGACCUGGAGGCCGGGGCGUGUGUGUGUGUGUGUCCUUGUGUGGCUCAUGUUCUGGAACAUUCUUCCUGUAAAGGGAUCAGGUUCUUAGGAUAGUCUUGAAAAUGACCAUUUAAUCCACAUUGGAAGACAUACUCUUUGGGACCCCAUCAGCCCUUUUCCUUAAGAAAACCUGCUUCUGCUUUGAGUGAAGGCACCUGAAAUCCAGAAAGAAACUCACAGGCCACCCCAGGGGCUACCCUGGCCUGAGCUUUGCUGAGCUUGCGGCUGGCGUGUGGAGCUGGUGCAGGGGAGCAACAGAGGCAAGGGUGGGUGUUGACGGCUGCCCCUGGCCAGUGGCUCCCGCUGAACCUCACACUUGUGUCCGGAACGGGUCAAUGUGGAUCAUUUAAUUCUGGAGAAUGAUUAAAAGACCUUAAAGUCA